AUGUAUAUAUAAUAUAAUAUAUUAAAUUGUGCGAAUUUUAGCUAAACCUGUGAUAGACUUUUAAAGUUAUGAACGAAAAUGAAGGCAUCCAGGUCCAUCGCAGGGAUCACAAUAUUCAUGUUAAAUGAAAUUUGAUUUUUAUAAGUUGUUCACUUGUCUCAUUGGAUAUACAUUUUUUCGCUAAAAAAUCCUUAUUGGUUACAAUUCGAAGUAUUGGUUCUACUAUUAAAUUAUGGUAAAACCGUUAACGAACGGAAGUUAUAGCAUCUGAUUUGAUAGCGCAGUGAAAAUGCUAGAGAUUAUAUUACGACCGAGCGAAGGCUGAAAAGGUCGACUAUAAUCGUUAUCGACAAUUUUCAGUAAUCUUUUCAAGUCAAUAUAAAAACUUCACUCACUUCAAAUGCAAAAGAUUGUCGGAUAGUGAUAUCGGACACUAGAAUUGAUGAUACAUCCUUAAAAGUAAACAGCUACCUCACCAACUUUCUACGCUCAUUCACUGCAAGCAGCCCAACCGUAUUCUCAACAAAAUUGUCAAUGAUUGACGACAAAGCACUAACUUGAUCGUGCCAUUAAAGCCGAUGACUUCAAAAUUCCGGUUAUGAGUUGACUAGAUAUCAAAAAAUUGCUCCACCAAUUGUGUUAGCAAAAUUGGUUAAUUUCGGACCUCUGAUCUGAGGUUAUUGGUAUACAACAACGUAGCAACAUAGAGAACGUUGGAUAACAAAGUACCUACCUCAAUAUUUUCAAGAAACUGAAACAACAUAAAAAGUCAAUUGGAAUAAAAUUAAAGUCUUUAAGAAAUCACAUUUAUUUUAAUUUGUUCUGCAAAAUUUUCAGUCAACAAACUAUGACUCGUCAGCGAAGAGAAGUGAAAUAUUUUGCAACAAGUGAAAACAAUCCACCCAGCGGCAUUGAACAGAUCGUUGUCUUCAUAAGCCACAUAUUGAUAAUACUAACGUUUCCGUUAUCAAUCUUUCUGUCACUGAUCGUCUUAUCCGAAUACCAAAGGGCCGUCAUAUUUAGAUGUGGACGUCUGAGACAUGGUGGAGCACGUGGUCCGGGUCUUGUCUUUAAAAUACCAUGUGUAGAUUUUUGUGUAAAAGUUGAUUUGCGAACGACUUCGUACGAUGUGCCAGCGCAAGAAAUUCUCACAAAAGAUCACGUGACAAUCAGUCUGGACGCUGCGGUUUACUAUCGAAUUUUCGACCCUUUACUCGCGGUAAUACAAGUGGAGAAUGUUCAUUUAGCAACGCGCAUGUUGGCGCAGGCGACCCUGCGAAAUAUAGCCGGACAGAAGCACGUUCUGGAAUUGAUGUCCGAAAAGGAUUCGGUCUCGAUGGCUAUGGCGGCGUUACUAAAAAGCGCUUCAGCACCGUGGGGGGUAUAUGUUGAGCGUGUUGAAAUCAAAGAUGUUCGCUUGCCACUUCAAUUGCAGCGUGCUAUGGCUGCUGAAGCCGAAGCUAUACGCGAAGCAAAAGCGAAGGUGGUUUCAGCCGAAGGUGAAUUGAGCGCCUCGAAAUCUUUGAAAGCCGCAUCCGAUGUUAUAGCAUCGAAUCCAGUAGCGCUGCAGCUGCGCUAUUUGCAAACCCUAAGUCUUAUUUCCGGUGAUCAAAAUAAAAAUAUCAUAUUUCCAUUCCCUGUGAAUUUGAUAAGACAAUUAGUGAUGGGCAAAGGUAAUGAACCAAGUCAGGGAAGCUCAUCCAAGAAACGAGUUUCAAGUAAUCUAAAGGAAGAAUUAGAAAUUAAUCGCGAGGUUGACGAAGCAUUAGAGGAAGCAUAUAGAGUUUUGGAUUGCAAGAUUGUAAAGUUAUCACAGGAAAGCUAAAAAUAAUCAAAAAGUCGUGAGAAUAUUUCAAACUACUCUUUUGGAAAAAUGACAUUUUGAUUAGGAAAAGAUUACUUAAUUUAAAUUAUACGUAAUAUGUUUAUUAUCUUGCUAAAUGCUUAAUAAAUAUCAGCGUAUUAUUUCAAAAA